UUAAAUUUUUUUAGUUAUUUAUAAUAUUAUUUAUAAUUAAUUUAAAUGAUAACUACCCAAUAAUCUUCCUCAAAUUUCCAAAUUACAAUGUAGAUACUGUGGCUAUUUUCAAAAUAAUCUAUUGUUGAAACGGUCAGAACUUUGUCUAAAGAACAAAAACGUAAUAAUGUUUUUCUGUACAGCUGAUAAUUAUUGCUCAUAGCCCGAAUGUAGUUAAGUGCACAAGGCCACAAUAAGUCAAUAAUCAGUUAUUCACUAUUCAGUUAAUGUUGUCGAACAUUUGAAUGCAAACGUGACUUAUGUACAUUUCGGCAUAGUUAAUAACAUUUGUAAAUCUUAGUACCGUGGUACCGGUCAACAUCUUUAAAGUUAAAUUGAUAGUGAGCAACCGAACAAAAAUGCUGAAAACACCAUCCAAAGUCACCAUAAAUACAGGAAAUGUGUUAAGUUUGAUUGAUAUCAAGAAAAAAGCAGGGCAAAAUGUAACUGAAGAGCUAUCAGAAAGCAUUAAGCUGACACUAUCAGAAUGGGGGACAAAGAAUGGUCUACUUCAAAAUGGUACAUCUAAAGUACCCAGCACUCAGUUAGACUGCAUGGUGGUGUCUACUUCUUCGGCAUCAGAGGCGGUGGUAAAUAUAACCAGGCCUCAGGAUGAUGUUCAAAAUAAAAUGGCAGAAGAGGAAAGGAAGAAUCUAAAGAUUGGAGUGAAGAUCUUCAUAAAUGAGGAUAGUACAGCCGCAUUGACGGAGAGCUUAGAACAAGUAUUCGCAGCGCUGCGUACGGAUUACAUAGAGAAUGUGAUCCUGGCUUACAACCCGGACACCCAGCACAAAGGUGAAGAUCGUGAUGGUGCUGAAACAAUGACCGCCUUCUCGAAAGCCUCUCCCAUAUCGCUCAGCAGUAAUGUUGGGCGUAUGGUUAGCACAGAGUUGGAGGCAGAUAGCGAGGCAGACGCGCGAAAGUGUGAGGCGAUCCUGCCCGGGAUACAAGUCCUGUGGGAAGUGCUGGAGAACUACGUGAAAGAUGGUCGCGUCCAGCAACUAGGCGUGGCGGACGUGGGCGGCGGGUGUCUGUACAAGCUCCACGCGUGGGCGAGAGUGAAGCCCACGAUAGCCCAGAUCAACCUGGCGUCAUGCUGCGUGGUCCCACCCUCGCUACACGCCUUCUGUAAGACCAACGACGUGCAGCUGUUGACUCACGCUGAUCCUCCCGAUCUAUUAUCAGUAGCCGCCAUGAAGACUCUCUCUGACGCAGGAAUAGGCUGUAACAACUUGGACUGGUGUGCGAGGUACCAGGUGCACAUAAAGUGUAGAGGAGUAUUGGCGCUCAAGGGCUAUGUAUGCAAAGCUACCAUAGGGAAAGGAACCAAGUAAUAAAAACCAGAUAGUGUAGUCUAAGUGUUAUUGACUCUUUUAAAUAGAACACUUUUAAAAGAUUAAAACGCGUAUAAUUGUAACUGUUUUCACAUUAGAUUUUUGCGUAAAAGUUAUAUUUUUAUUUUAGUUAACCCGACGUUUCAAGACCUUCCAGAUCUCGUUUUCAGGGGGACUGCAGAUGAAAUGAGUCAAAGAUAGUGUUUGUCAUAGUUGUCAUUAUGAAGUUUAGCGCCAUUUAUUUCCUCGGAGAUGGUAUUUGCCGUAGACAGAUGGUUUUUGGCAAAAUUUACUGACAGUGGCCUCUUCAUUUUUGGUAUGUGUGCCAAAAUGUGAUACAAAAAAAGAAGAGGUCUGGAAAGGUUUUGAAACGCAGGGUUAACUUAAAUAAAAAUUUAACUUUUACCCAAAAAUCUAAUGUAGAAACAUUUCCAAUCACAUGUGUUUUAAUUCUUUAAAAGUGUUUUAUUUUAAUAUUUAACACUCGCGUUAUACAAAGAAAAUACUAUGUUAUUGACUCUAAUUACUUUACAGUAUCCUAAUUUUAUUAUUAUC